CUGACAAACACAAACCUCUGAACACGGAGAAACUGCGACACACAGGUGUGCAGCUCCACUUGACAGCAGUCUGGAGAAAUGAAGUCUAAGGACUGAUGAAUCUUUUACAGGAUGAUGAAAAGACAGGAAAGAUGAUCCACUGAACACUGAAGAAAGACGAAAUAGAAAACACAAUAUCAACAUGUCCGGGAGAGAAGGCAGAGUGUCUGACAGAAGCAGUACUGCUCACACGAGAACACACAGCAGGGAAAAACCUCCUUCACUUUCAGACUGUGAGAGGCUGAAUGUGUUGGUGUGUGGGAGCGACGGUUCACUGAAAUCCUCCAUCUCAGAGGUGAUCCUGCAACACACACACAGAAGAUCAGAGAGUGUGAGGACAGAUGUGGAUCUUCAUGCUAGACUGAUCAAUGUGCUGGAGCUCCCAGCUCUGUUCAACACUGGGUUCUCACAGGAGGAAGUGAUGCGUCAGACUCUCCGCUGUGUGUCUCACUGUCAUCCUGGAGUUCAUGCUUUCCUCCUCAUUAUUCCUUAUGCUCCACUCAAUAAUGAAGACAGAGCAGAAAUGGAGGAGAUCCAGAAGAUCUUCAGCUCCAGAAUCAACAAACACAUCAUGAUCCUCAUCAUGCAGAAUUCAGAGCAUCAGACAGCAGAACUCAAUGUAGAAACACAGGUUGUCAUUCAGAGUUUUGGAGGAAGACAUCAUUACUUUAAUCCUAAAACACAAGUGUCCACAUUGAUGGAGAACAUUGAGAAGAUGCUGGAAGAAAACAGAGGAGGCUUUUACUCCACAGAGACAUUUCUGGAGGCGCAGAUGAAAAAAAAUAUGGAAUAUGAGGAGAUGAAGAAGAAACUUCAUUCACUGGAGACACACUUUCUCUCACAAGGAUCAGCUGAGAGUGAAGAUGAACUGAGGAUUGUUCUUCUGGGAAAAACUGGAGUUGGUAAAAGUUCAACAGGAAACACCAUCUUAGGAAGAGAUGUAUUUAAAGCAGGUGCAUCCCAGGAAUCUGUUACUAAAGAGACUCAGAGAGCAACAUCUGAAAUCAGUGGCAGACACAUCACUGUGAUCGACACUCCAGGACUGUUUGAUACUGAACUCAAUAAUGAGGAGAUCCAGAGAGAAAUCAGACGCUGCAUCUCCAUGAUUCUGCCAGGACCACAUGUGUACAUCAUUGUGCUCAGUAUAGGACAAAGAUUCACUGAAGAAGAGGCAAAAUCUGUGAACUUUAUUAAGGAGACGUUUGGUCAAAACUCUCUAACGUUUACUAUGGUGCUCUUUACAAGAGGAGAUGAGCUGAAGAAUCAAUCCAUUGAAGUGUUUCUGGGUAAACCUAAAUCUGUGGUUAGAAAACUGAUUGAAACUUGUGGAAACAGAUACCAUGUGUUCAACAAUAAUCAGCCUGAAGACCGAACACAAGUGUCUGGUCUACUGGAGAAGAUAGACAACAUGGUGAAGGCAAACGGAGGAAGUUUCUACUCAUGUAAGAUGUUCAGAGAGAUUGAGAGAGAAAAACAAGAACAGCAGAUGAAGAUCCUGAUGGACAGAGUCAGAGAAACAGAAGAAAAGAUGAAGAAACUAGAAGAAAAGAAAGACAAAAUGGAGAUGGUGACGGUGGAAGGACAGAAGGACAGACGAGAAGAAGAAUUGAAGAGACUAAAAAAAGAAAAGCAGAUUUCAGAUGAACAUAUUCAGAGACUCAAAAGUAAACUCUAUGAAACAGAAGAAAAUAUCAAAAAGAAAGAAAGAGAGAGACAAGAACAAAUAGAUGAUUUAGAGAAGAGACUGAAAGAAGAAAGAAACAUGAGAGAAGAUUUACAACUGAAAUUCCUUCAACAACAGCAUGAAGCUGAACUGAAGAGACGACGAGUAAAAUCAGCGGCUAUUUUUGCUGAGAUCAUCUGUCAGAAACUGAAGGAACCCAUAGAGCAGAGUGUCUAUGAGAAAACUGCCAGAGAUUUAGCAGAUGAAAUGAAAACAAACUGUGAAUCACUGAAUGGAAACAGAUCAAAUCUGGAGAAACACAUCCUGAAGACACUGGCAGAAGAGGAGGACUUUGACAAAUACAUGAACUACAUUCAUUAUCCCAGAGGUCACUACAAGAGUUUCAUCAGAGAUGAAGUGAGUCGCUACAUCAGAGAUAAGUUCAGCAUCAGUGUUUUACCCAAGAUGAAGGAGAACAUUAAACUCCUGCAGCAGAAGAUCAUGAACGCAGCACAUCAAUCUACUGAACAUGUUCAAGUUAACAGUGGAGAUGUUGGUUUGUGGUUGAAGAGUUUCACACAGCAGCUCUCAGAUCAGCUGAUCUUCUCUGAAACAGACCUCAGUGGAGUCAAACAUGAUGAUGUUGAUGAUUUCAGACUCCUAGAAGAUGUGAUCAGACAAGAGCUUCCUGCUGUAAUGUCAGACAUCAGCUGGAGAUUCAACACAGACACAUUUCCAGUAAAGCUGGACUAUAAGUUCAGGCCAGAUGAGCUUCUGAUUGAUCACUUCUGUCAGUGCUGUUGGGUUCAGUGUCCGUUCUGUGGAGUCACCUGCACAAACAGCAUAGAGGACCAUCCGGGAGAUCACAGUGUUCCUUUCCACAGAGUGAGAGGAAUUAAUGGAAGAAGUUACUCUCCAAAUCUCUGUGCUGAUAUUUGUACAGAUUUAGUGGCAAGUAAUCAGGAGUUUAACACACCAGAUGGAAGCUUCCCCUGGAGAGAUUACAGAAGAGCAGGAGGCGUUUAUGCAGACUGGAGCAUCACUCCUGAUCUCUCUGAUGUGCCCUACUGGAAGUGGUUUGUCUGUAGAUUCCAGAAAGAUCUGGAAAAAGAGUACAAUAAAACAUUUGCAGGAAAGAUUAAGAUCCCAGAUGAGUGGAGAAAAUACUCAAAACAAGAUGCUAUUGAGAGUUUGGACAAAUACAUGUAAUAGAGAAGAUCAAGAAUCAGACUUGAACUUGAAUUGACACUUCUGUUUCUCCUCAGAUCAGUCAAAAGUGAGUUUCUAUCAGUGAGAGUCCAAACUCAACAUCUCAGAGGAGUAGAGGAGCUCUGUCCAAGUCUUAAUUUCUUCUUUAAUCUGAGCUAUUUUACAUCUUAAUUCAAAUAAUAAUGGCAUAUGAGAUCAAGAAGACAAGUGUUGGCACACAAAUGAAUAUGAAAUCACACACUAUCAGACUAAAGACCAAACAAACCAGCUUUCACACUCACUAUCAGAUGUACUAACAUAAACAUAAACACAUGGGAGAAUGUGUGUUACUCCACGCCAUCUUCAUAACUGCUGUAAGCACAUUUCCUGUGUCUUUGUCCAUUGGUGAAUCUUAGAGGCAAUGAAGUGAAGAUACAAAGAACUUGAUCUCAUUGGAUUUAUGAAUCUUAUUCUAGUAAACAUAUGUGCAUGUCAUUAUUUUACUUAUUGAGUUACAAGGAUUGAGUGAGAAUUCUUCAAGAAGCCAAGGCUCUUAAAUCUCCACAUCCCAGACCAAAUUGAAUCUGUUCUCUUUCACAGAUUACAGUCCCAAGACAACUUCUCGCACUGUAAACUUUACAUCAUGUGGUCUGACACUGAAAUCUAUACUUUAAAAACUAACUUCUUUCUCUUAAUAUAAGCAGUUUUGUGUAAUUUAGGGAUUUGAGAAGGCUGUGUCCCUGUCAAGAAGCUCCACAUAGAGCUUGCAUCUGUGUGAGUUUAGUUUAAACAAAGACUGAAGUAGGCAAGUUCUGCUUCUUCAUUUGUUAAUGUUAACAGUUCUCCAGGUUGGGGGUUUAUGCCUUUAUCAGAGUCAUUUUUCUUUUGUCCUAUGAAUUUUUAAGAGUCAUUUUCCUCUUUGUACAGUAUCACAGUAAUGUUUAAAUGUAAUCUGUUAUUUGAUUACCUCUGGACAACUGGCUUUAUGUACAGCUCUCCCCCAACCCCUCCAUGGGAAUGAAUCGAGAAAUUAUUGUUUGCUUUUAAUAGAUUAAAGGAUGAGCUAUUUUCAGGAAUUUAACUCAAAAGAGCAUUUAAAGAAUUUCAGCCAAUAAUAGUUCAUUCAAUAAUAGUUAAUUAGGGAAUCACUAGGCUAUUGUGCCGACGACUCCCGGGAACUCUGGGAGACUUGGGAUGUCUGGGAAUGUCCUAGAAUCUACAGUUUUUGGGUUAACGUUUUCAUUAUUUUGUCAGAAUUUCUGAAAAGAACAACUGAUCCUCAUCCACUGCUUUAAUGAACAGAGCAGAGAUUACAACUCUUCUUCAUUAGAACUGAAUACAUGAUAGUGUAAUCUCCAGUAUUAAAAACUUGAGUCAUCUAACAGAGUGGUGUUGGAGAAACUAAGAUGUCAUCUAAAAUCUAAAGUAUUGGUGACAGCAGAUUAUUUUGUCUAUUUUAUCUAAUUUAUCUCUGUUUUAUAAGACGCUUUCUUCAUUUAUAUACUCUGACAUUGUUUAAUGUUCUUCUCUUUUAUAGUUUGAUAUUCACAAAUGUGUAUGUGUGUGUAUAUUACAUCUAGGGUUAUUUUCUGUUAUCAGUAAAGCUGUCUAUGUUGAAGUCAAUGCUAAUAAAUAGUGUUCUUAUAAUCGCUGAUAAGUGUAAUAUAAGUAAAAAACAACAACUGUGUUACUAAUAAAAUCACCUGAGAUAACCUGAACUGUAAAAAUAAAGAUGUACGUUACAAUAUAUUACAAUUCCAAACUACCUACUGUUUUGAUGACCCAGUAAAUAUUGAUAAGGUUAAUGACUAUCAAAGGUAUAUGACAGAAGUGUGAACAUAUAAAUGUAAAGGGGGUUGCACAUUGGAUUUAUCACCACACAUAUGACAGUUAGAAGUAACGCACACCGGACAGGCACAUUCAAAUGUUAUUUAACAUUAAACUAUGCAGAUGACGCUCUGUAGUGUGGCGUAGUGAGUUAUAGCUGGGCAUCUGUGUGCGUAACCUUAUAGAAAUCUAUGCUCGCAAUUCAAAAAUGCAUGGCACUGCAUCAUGGCGGUGGUGCAUCCAGUGUGCGACCCCUUUAAAACUGUUAAUCAUCUGUAAUGAUUAGAUAAAUAAAAUAAAAGUAUUUUAAAAAUGGA